AGCAAUUGUUAAUAAAACAUUUGUUUACAAAUAUUUGUGAGUAUUUCAUUUAAUUCCUUUAAAAUUAAGUAAAUUUACAUAUGAAAUGUCAGCGAUUCAAUUGAUGGUUCCCAUCCCUAGCCUACAUGUUCCGAAACUUACUUCGUUAGUACGCCCUGCGCUACGGUCGGAUAAAGACGACCGCUUCUUACGUCAUAAACGAGUGCCGACUUCUGGAAUUUUCCAUCAGUGUUGUGCUUGUGCAUGAAGUUUUACGUUCGUAUGUCGAUAAAUGUACAUGAUAGAAAUGUAUCAUGACGACUACUGAAGAGUUAAUACGAAUUCUAGAAGGCGAUGAAAAUGAAGAAUUUUUAUCAGACGAAGAGUUUGACAUUGAUGUAGAGAUUCAAGGAAACAAUGUCACAACCACUAAUUGGACAACGCAAAUUGCUACCCCAAUAUUAGAAGAAUUCGACGACUUUGUUUGUGGACUGUCGCCUGCUGUCAAAUUAGAUGAUACCUCCACUGAAUUCGAAUUUUUCGAACAUUUUUGUAGCAAAGACUUGUUACAGAAAAUAGCCAAUUGUACGAAUAAAUAUCAUCAACACUUCGUAAGACAUACUGAUCUCAGAAUAUAUUCAAGACUGCAACAAUGGCGCGACGUGACUAUUGACGACCUUUACAUUUUCCUAGCAGUAACAAUGCUUUUCACUAGAAACAAAAGAAUAACAAUUGAAGAACACUGGUCUACAGACCCGUUAUUACAUAGUACGGUGUUCAGUAAUACUAUGUUUCGAAAUAGAUAUUGCUCAAUUCUUGCAAUGUUAUCUUUUUGUGAAGCACCUGCAGGGACAAGUAGUGUACCGAGAUUGCACAAAAUAAAAAUGAUGAUUGACCACGCUCGUGAAACUUUCAAAACAACAUUUAUCCCGGGUAAAAAAAUGUGCAUUGAUGAAAGUAUUGUGCCUUUUAAAGGUCGUCUAAUUAUAAAACAAUAUUUACCUAAAAAACGUAAUAGAUUUGGCAUUAAGUUAUUUGUUUUAUGUGAUGUCGAAACCGGUUAUAUCGUGGAUUUUAUAGUGUACUGUGGAUCGGAAACAGAAAUAGAGACCGUACCAAAUUUAGGCUUAUCUGGAUCAGUUGUGACUGAACUUUUGAAAGACUACUAUUUUUGCAACAGAGAGUUGUAUGUAGAUAACUGGUAUUCCAGUCCUCAGCUUUUUAUAUAUUUAAAAGAAAGGGCGACUUAUGCAUGUGGUACCGUAAGAUCAAAUAGGAAAGGGAUGCCGAAAUUCCAAAAACUGAAACGUGGACAAAUAGCCGCUUACUCGUCUCCUCCCCUCUUAGCCCUAAAAUGGCAAGAUAAGAAACCGGUCUUAAUGUUGUCUACAAUGCACGAUGACAAAAUGAUACCAUCAGACAAUGUAGACUACUCAACUGGGCUACCCAAAAUGAAACCACAGUGUGUCGUAGACUACACAAAAAAUAUGGGGUCGGUUGACACUUCUGAUAUGAUGACUAGCUCAUUGGGCUGUAUAAGAAAAUCAAAAAAAUGGCAUAAAAAGCUUGGGUUUCACAUAUUUGACAUGUUUUUACUUAAUGCAUUCUAUUUGAUUAAAGUGAUUAAAAAUAAACAAAAUUAUAGUUUAGCUGAUUUCCAAUUAAACGUUAUCAGACAAAUAAUAGAAAAAUACAAACAAUGUUCUUUAACUCAACAGUCAACUUCGCGCGGCGUCCUUGACCCUAACCGUUUUUUACAUAAUAGUGCCUUAGAGCAUUUUCCUGUUAGAAUACUAACCGGCAAAAGUCAGCGAUGCAAAAUGUGCGCAGCAAAAAGAAAACGGUCUGAGACUCGUUUUAUGUGCCAAAAAUGCAAAGUUUAUCUCUGCAUAGAUCCAUGUGCUGUUGAGUACCACAAUUCUACAAAACAAUCGGUAUCGUAAUCCCACAUCACUAUUUUUGCGUUUAGUCUAUUAUGUCUAUGGUCAGCUAGACGUUGUCGAUACUCGACAAUAUCCAUUAUUCCGUAUUCGACAGUGACGACUGUUAGUGGCACGACGUUUGUAAAAUCAAGUGAACAUUUUACAAUUUUUUAAUAUCAAGAUGGGGUCCAAAAGUAAGUGGUCUUCGAAACGUAUUGCAUGUAAAUGGUGAUAUCAUUACAAAAACUCAUGUUUGAUUUGUUUUAUAGGGAAGUUUGAAGAGAGCCAGUCAAUUUUGGCUCCCUUUGACUAUAGCCAAGAUAAAGUAGACAUAGACUGUAGCCAAGAUGUUAACCUUCCAUCAACGCUGACCAACGACGAGUAUAUGGUUUAUUUAAAUGAGGGUCAGUCGCAUUUAAGAAGUUCUGAUAGUACGCCAGAUUUAUAUAGAUCUACGGCGACACAAACUUUAGUCAAAACAACAAAUGCAAGUACACAAUACGAGCAAAUUGAUAAUCCAAUCAAAGAAAGUGCCAAAAUUUUAGCGGACAGUUAUUUUGUUGGCGAUGAAACUCGUAAAAAUAAGUUUAUCGAAUGUUACACAAAUGUGGUCUCGUCAAUAAUUCGCCUCGUCGAUAGCGAGCAUAAAUAAUUUUUCGACGGAUCAUACUAUUAUUGAAAAAUCUUACCUCUGAUUGUUAGACUGAUUUUAGUAAUAAGAAAUUAUAUCUGUGAUUAUUUGACUGAUUUUAUUGAAAUUAGUGUUAUACAAAUUUUAUUGUGAUUGUGAUAUAUCGUUACAUCUAAGUCAAUAGGUAAACUGAUAAUGACAUUGUCAAGUAAAAUUUUUAUUUUUAUGUUUGUUGUUAAUUAGUGUGAUACAAAUUAUUGUGAUUGUGAUAAAUAUCGUUACAGAUAGUUCAAUUCAUCUGUGCACGAAGCGCCAUGUGUGCGUGCGCUUAUUUAUACAGCUUUCAUUUGUGUGGCAGCGUAAGCGGCAGUCGUCGUCCGAGCAAAACGUGUCCUUACCACUUUACCCACACAUAGCGCCGCGCGCACAGAUGAGUUGAAUUAUCUACAGGGUUAUUGGUAAAUCAUUAACAACCUCUUAAGAGGUUGUACUCAUCAUUAUGAACAACUUUUACUAUGGGACCAAACCUAAAAUCGUGAAAAAAAAAUCAGCUGUUCCCUACAUUUAUGUUCGUAUAACUCGCCAAACUCUUCUCUGGACUGAUUUUAUUGUGAAUAGUUUAAGUAAUAAUUAAUAAAUCGUUCAAAUUUUUAAACA